UUGCCAAGGCUCAUGGAAGCCUGGGGUCCGCUUGACAACUAAUCCCUAGAAUUGGCGUAGGCUUUAGUUUUUACGAAAGCGACUACCAUCUGACCUUCCAACUCAGAGGGUAAACUAGGCCUUAUUGGGAUUAGUCUGAUUUCCUAACGAUGUUUUCCUUCACCGAAAAGCGACUGGUAAAUAUCAAAUCAUAUUUCGUACAUAAGUUCCGAAUAACUUCUCAUUGGUACGAGCCGAAAUUAAAUUUUGAAAACAUGAUUUCAACGGCCCCGAGCACGCACAUCCAUUUCGCUCACGCUCACGCUUGGUGAGAGUUAGAGAAGAACAUGAACCUACAGGGCUUAAAGGUGUGUAUUUUUAGCUAAACGAUUACUGCUCAGACACACCCAAUUUUCGGAGGAAAACCCGGCAAAUUUAAAAAAUGUAGUCGUGAAGAGUUGACUACCCAUAGAAAAUUUAUAUUUCGCGCCUUUUCCUAAUGACAAAGUGGGUGUGUCUGAGUAUAUAUAACAACCUGGCUGGGUUAUACUUUACUCUUUGGUUUGUGAUUGCGAAUGAUGAUGUCAUGAGAUUUUUUAUCGGCUGUAUGGCAACUUUCCUUUGCCUAACCUGCCCGCAAUUAAAAACACAAAUGUCAAAUAAUAUAACCUCUAAAUAUUUUGGAACUUAUCCGAACAGUACAAUAUUAACUUCGUUGGGAAACUAAAUAUUAUGAAGUACUUUUGAUUAAUCUAGGUAAUUUUAAGGACAAUGGAUAAUAAUAUUGUGGACAAAGGUAAACAGACAAAAAAUAUUCCCAACGGAAUAUCAAAAUCUUUUGCCCUUCACGUAUCAGAAAACUUGCAAAACACAGCAGAAUUAGACGUCAGCCAAGAAAAACUGAAAGAUGUUGAUGAGAUUAGAGAGACUACGGAUAGAAAUGAACUAGAUGAAACAAAGGACAUUCCUAAUGGAUUAUCUAAUUUUGAUUUUCGUAUAUCAGAAGGCUUUCAAAACAUUACAGAAAUCGACUUCAGCAAGAAGAACCUUGAAAACAUUGAUGAAGGUACAACUUUUCCACCAUGUUUGCGCUGUCUAAAUUUGUCACACAAUAAACUUCUUGAGGUUCCAAAGAUUGUUAUGGACCUUAAAAAAUUGCAAGUAUUAGAUUUUUCUCACAACAAGCUACAGUAUUUCAACGAAACUCCAAGCUUCUGUCACGAAAUAGAAAAUCUCAAUCUAUCCAGCAAUGAAUUAAGGUGCCCGCCGCUAUGGAUAUGGUUGGAAUUUCCUAGGAACCUGUCUAGAUUAGAUAUUAGUUGUAAUAUGCACAUAGCUGAAUUAUUAAAUGGAUAUGUUGAUGAGCUCCUGCAAUACAACACUCGGCUCACGCAUGUAACAUUGUAUAAUUGUAGGUUAGGCAAGUACUUAAGUUUCCUUGGCACUUUCCCGAACGCAAGAGAUCUUGUACUCGGCACUCCGGACUGGAGCUGUUAUGCUGCAAAUCACCUGCAAGAGCUACCAUGCCAAGGGCUCAACAAAUGCUGUGAUAUUCAAAGACUAAUCUUAACGAAUACCCAUAUUUACAGUAUGACACCCCAAAUAAACAUGUUUAAAAAUUUAAUAGAAAUAAAUUUGUCUCAAAACAACCUCAAUGGGUUACCAACAGAAUUUUGCGAGUUAGAAAAUCUAGAGAUCUGUAUAUUGUCUUUCAACAACAUACUGUAUGUACCUGAUAAUAUAGUCAAGUUAAAAAAGUUGACCACCCUGUGCCUAGCGGUCAAUGAACUUUGCAUGUUACCUGAGAACAUAAUGGAGCUCACUAACUUGAAGGUCCUGGAUUUGUAUGACAACAAUAUAUCGGAGUACCCUGAAGACAUUAGGAACAUACCGGAGCUAGAUUUGGCACAAAACCACUUUGAGGAGCCUGAUGAUGAUGAUUAUUUAGAAAAGAGAGGGAAAUUAAGACUUCAUAACUCCGACCGAUUGAAUGGGAGAAAAUUUGAAAUGGAACAGCCUGAGAGUGAACAUUCUCCAAACACUACUGAUGAUGAAGAACUAAUCAAAAGCAUGAAUGAAAGAAGUAGCUCAGAUGGAGAACCACGAAAUGCACCACCAAGCUCUCCUGAAGACUGGGACUCUGAUUCCUAUUGGGAACCAUACAACAUACAAUACCAGCGCCCAAAAGGCAAGCCAUACUGGACAUCCUUUGUAAAGAAAGCCAUGGAUAAUGGUAACCUGUGCCCUUCAGAUCAUCACACAGCUCCUGUGAUGUGCCAUCCGACGCAGGAGCAUGAGUCCGAUGGGCAGUUUGAUGACUAUUCUGAGGAUGAUAGUUGAUGGGAUCAGUAUGGGCUUUACUUCAUUAGGUUUUGAAUUAAAAGGGACAUUUUUGGAUUCAUACAGCAUUUACUGACUAUUAGUAGACCUUAAAAUAUCUUUUCACCACACCAGUGCAUAAAAACUCUCUUUUUUCUUCAAAAACUGAGGAAAAAGCUGCAAUUUAUUCACAAGUGGCAAAGUAAUUUCACUCUUUUGAGUUGUAUCUUCAUGUUGGCUGGUAGAAUUAAGGUAGGUAAGACUUAACUAAUUAUUUUAAAUGAUAAAUAUUGACGUUCAUUCGAAUUUAGUUUGUAAUGUAUUACAGUUAGUACAUUCCUCGCGUUGGUGUUGUGAAAAAAUGUGUUUCACUUGGUAGCAAAGUCAGUUUAACCCUCGUACCUUGAAACCCUCGAAAGGCUCAUAAUUCCACCUUUCGAACCACUCUCUACGCUCGUGGUUUAAUUUAGCAAUCUUUAGAGUAUUAGCAUGAGGGGUUAAACUACAACUUUGCUCCCUUGUAAAACAAAUAACCAUUGCAAUAAGGUUUACAUGUUGUCAGUUAACUGUGUGGACAAUGGCAUUUCAUCCUUGCGGAUUUUUUAUAGAACUAUUGGUAGUAAUAAGAUGUAAAAGGAUAAAACCCAGUGAGAAACCUGUAAUCUAUGUAGUAAAAUAUGACCUGUCGGAGUUAAAAGCCCUAAAUAAUUAGGGUUUUACCCUUAGCUAUUUAUAAUAUUUAUCCUGAGUUAGCACAAUUUUUACCUUAUGCAUGUAUGCAAAAAGCUUAAAUUCGUUUGUUUAUUUAUUUUUCAUCACACUUGGUCGAAAAAGAUCUUAUUUCAUGCAGGUGUACUGAAGGACAAAGGCCUAUAUUGUUCCCGCGGGAGUUAUGGAUGAUGAAAAAAGCUAUAACUCCCUAGGGAGUUAUUUUUCUUAUAAUUCUGUCACUAAUUCAUACGAACCAUGUCAAUUUACUUAUAAAUAAAUUAUGACGUUUAGAAUUUGAUAUUUUUGUUUAUUUUUAAAAUUAUUUAAUUCGAUUAUUUUAACAGCCGUAUAAAAUAUUUUUACAUAAUUUUAAAUCGUGGCUGAAUGCCAAAUAGGUCUGAGCCUUCGAUACCUAACCUGUCAAGAAAAUACAAAUGGCGGACGAAUGUUUGAUAUGUCACCGUAUUACAGAAUUAUUUCGCUUAAAAUUUAGUUUUUUCUUCACAAGUGUGAUGAAAAACAUUGUGUGUAACUCCGGGGGUAAGAAUAUUGCAAAAACGGGUAUUAUCCAAAAUUUCACUUACCCCCCUCGUUGCACAAUGUACUAAUUAAUAUAGAUAGGAUAGUUGAAAAAAUUUACGGUAUUAAAAGCUAUAACAAGCAGGCGUAAGAUUUCUUAUUAUUCAAUAUGCGCCAUAGGUAGGUAUAUAUAGUAUGGAUUACAAGUCAAGGCGUGCCGUGGGUGGCAUUUUAUCUGUUAUUUGCCUCGUAAUCUAUAUUCAUAGAGAUAGAGUCGAUAAUCCGUUGGACCUCCAAGAUAGUUAUAAUGACUUUACUACCGUGAUGGUUUGCGUUUAACCUAAUUGCUUUGUUUUCUUAAGUACCCUGCUAAGACGAUCGGACAAAACUAAAAACCGGCCAAGCGCGAGUCGGACUCGCACACGGAAGGUUCCAUACCAUGACGCAAAAAAUGGCAAAAAAAACACGUAUGGGAGACCUAUUUAUAUAUUUGUUUUUUUUUUAGUGUUUGUUGUUAUAGCGGCAACAGAAAUACAUCAUCUGUGAAAAUUCCAUCUGUCUAGCUGUAGCUAUCACGGUUCAUGAGAUUACAGCCUGGUGACAGACAGAUAGAUAGGACGGACAGUGGAGUCUUAGGGUUGUUUCACACGUACCACAACCUCACGACAAUUAUUUACAACACAUGGUCGAGCGCAUCUUUUGUAUUGAAAAUGAAAAUAGUACAAUUCACACGUACCACAUGUUGCCGUAAUGUGAUACGUGUGAAUUAUGAAAAAUCGUUUAUUGGUCACAAUCAUUGUGUUACAAAUUGAGAAAGGGUUGGGACCUCCUAGUAAGUAUAUCAAUACUUGUGACUUAUAGUAUUCAUUUUCAAUACAAUAUAUGCGCCCGACCACGUGUUGUGGGCGAGGUACGUGUGAAACAAUCCUUAGUUAUAGGAUCCCGUUUUUACCCUUUGGAUACGGAACCCUAAUAAAAAAGAAACACUACCUACUCAAUGUACCUAAACUUAGUAAUAAUUUACUAGAAUAUAUCACAUAGUAGGUACCUGGUCUACACACUACAACAUAUUUUUGUUUUACACUAAGUACAUAAUCUUUUUCACCGGAUUUCACUAGUUGUCACUUAGUGUUUGUAGACAUUUUUUGGGAAGAUUUAACACAAUCAUUUAUAUAGAAAUGUAUUAUUUAAGUAGUAAAAAGAGGAUUGAAGGAACUGUCACUGGGGUCAUCAUUCGCCGCGUUAGGUAUAUUGUACAUAUUUGUAUGUAACUGCAACUAUACACGGGUGCUAAGUUUUGCUAUGUAUAAUCGGAUAAUUCUCUCCUGUUACCACUCAAAUGAUCUUAUACAAAGUAAUUAAUUUAAACUUAUUAUUUUGUUGAUUGAAUGACGAUUGUGCCGUGCCUCGUGCCUCGGCCGAGGCGGCGCGCACGUUUUCCUCGCCCGAGUGCGCCGCCUCGGCCGAGGCACGUCUACACUGGCCGUAUUGUGCGUGAGGAAAUUGCCUCGCGCGUAUGCUCGCUCUGUGUGGACCCGGCUAUUGACUAAAAUCAGACUAAAAUGGGAUUUUUUAUUAGUCACACAUCGAAAUGUGGUAGUAUACCUAAAAUUAUACCAACUGUUAAGUUUUGUAUUUCUCUUCGUUUUAGUAAGUAUUUUUACGCAUGUUAUGUUACGUCGAUUCUUUAGUCAACAAAAGCACCUUGAAGACCUACCCUUUCAUGUAAAUUUUUUAGACUAAAAUAUAUGCAUGCACUGAAGUUAUUGUAUUAGUUAAAUGAGAUUUUUAAAACUGUAACACUACUGUAAGGGUAAGGUAAUCUCGUAUACGUGAGUUUCCUGUCAUACUGAUUAUGACAAAGUCCAAAAUGAUUUUUCAUGAUGAUUGUAGGUACCUUUCAAGACGCUAUUGUAUGAUUGCCACCGAGGGCACCGAGCCACCGACCGGCUGGAGUCGGGCGGCGCCGAUGCGCAUUUUCAAUGUGCCUAUACUUUAGGUAUGGCAGAAGCGAUGGAGUCCGCGUUCGCGAGGAACCGACCGAUUUGCGGCCAUAUAAAUGUGAAACGCGCUCCGACUCCGCCCGUUCGGUGGGAAUUGUACUUAAUAGCGCAUUAGUAGAUUGACUACCUUUUUGCUUAUUUUUUAGGGUUCCGUAGUCAACUAGGAACCCUUAUAGUUUCGCCAUGUCCGUCUGUCUGUCUGUCUGUCUGUCCGAGGCUUUGCUCCGUGGUCGUUAGUGCUAGAAAGCUGAAAUUUGACAUGAAUAUAUAAAUCAAUAAAGCCGACAAAGUCGUACAAUAAAAUCUGAAAAUUUAAUUUUUUUUAGGGUACCUCCCCUACACGUUAAGUGGGGGUGAAUUUUUUUUUCGCUUCAACCCUAGAGUGUGGGGUAUCGUUGGAAAGAUCUUUAAAAACUAAUAGGGGUUUUCAAGAAACAUUUUUUGAUAAAGUGAAUAUAUUCGGAGAUAAUCGCUCCGAAAGAAAGAAAAAAUGUGUCCCCCCCCCCUCUAACUUUUGAACCAUAGGUCCAAAAAAUAUGAAAAAAAUCGUGAAAGUAGAGCUUAAGAAAGACAUUAAAUGAAAACUAUAGCGGACAUGAUCAGUUUAGCUGUUUUUGAGUUAUCGCAAAAAAUUUUCUCUUCAUAGUAAAAAGACUUUAAUUAGGUACUGAUUAUGCAAAUUUGCCUAUUUGUUUAAUUCGGGUGAAAGGUACCGUUUCAUCCCUUGGUUAACAAUUUACUAUACUUUAAGCUCCAGUUUAGCUUAUGUGAUGGAAGAGUAACUACGGAACCCUACACUGAGCGUGGCCCGACAUGCUCUUGGCCGGUUUUUUUAUUAUGUAAAGUGGUUUUCAGAAUAAGAAUAAAGUAAAGAGCAUAGGUAUGCGUAAAAAAAUUGUUUAUUGUGAUAAAGGUAUUUUUGAAAAAAUAUUAGGUGCUAGUAUCCUAAGAUUUACUAAUAGCAAAUAUGAACCUUAUUUUAAAGCAUUAAAGUUGUCAGCAAAUACGAUAACCCUUAGAUACCUAUAAGCGUUUUUGGCGCUACACGCCCAACACACCUGCAAACUUAUUACUUUAGCUAAUUCUGAUUAUCACUAUAGCUUUAUGCCACCAAGGGAGAUUGUGUAUCAUCAUAAUAAUAUUUUCUUAGGUUUUGCCAUAAUUGGUCAUUAUAUAGAAUGAUUUAAAAUGA